UUUACCCUUAAAUCAGUGACGUCUUCUUCUUUCUCUUCCUUUCUCUGUGUUCUCUGUCAUCUUAUCAAAAGAAAAAAAUUGAAAUCAAAGCUUUUCGAUCAUGUUCGUUCUUGGCUUCUAUGUUCCAAAUUCAAGUAUGUAUCUUCGUCUCCUUUGUCGGAUUUAUUAAUCUGGAUCCAGUUUUGCAGUGGCCUUAUUCUUCUUCGAUUCUUAUCGGAUUUAGUCUCCGGGGAAAACGACGCGUUCGAGAAGCAGCCGCAACAAAGCAAAUCGAGAUUAGAUUUAUGAUUUCCUCUCAGUAUGUUGGGUUUGAUCUGUAAUAUGUUGUUCGACAUAGUAAUAUUAAAAGCUUUACCAAUACACUCAAGUCUUGAUUCUUCUUCUCGCUCUAUAUGGUGAAGGGCAAUAAUGUCAUAAACAGUAGAUUUUUGCUGAGUUGUACAUUGUUACUGUAUUACGUUCCUAUUUCGAAAGAAAAGAGUUCAAAAGUGCCUAUUUUGAUAAUAUUCCCUAAAUAAUAAUUUAGAGAGUCCACUUGCACACUCCAAAGCAGCAAAAGAACUAAACAAAGUCAAUAUAUUGAAAAAAAGGAUCCUUCCUCUCUCCAACACAAGAAGCUAACUAGGAACCCUCUCACUUCCCACUUCUAUAUAACCUCAAAUCCCAAAAACCAAAAAAAUCUCACAUUCAAAACCACAAUUGAAAACAUAAAGAAGACUCUAAUAUCAUCUAUGGCUUCUUUAUAUCAACAACAACAAUUAGAACAAGACCAAUCAUCUUUAGAUCUCAUAACUCAACACCUUCUUACUGAUUUCCCUUCAUUAGAGACCUUUGUCUCCACCAUCCACCACUCCACCACCUCAAGUACUCUACGCCAACGCAAGCCACCUCUUUCCACCAUUGUAGUUCCUACUACUGCACCAGUGGCUCAAGAGGAGGAUGAUCAAAAGCAUUACAGAGGCGUCAGGAGAAGACCGUGGGGUAAGUAUGCAGCUGAGAUCAGAGAUCCAAACAAGAAAGGUGUUCGUGUCUGGUUAGGAACUUUUGACUCGGCAAUAGAAGCUGCAAGAGGUUAUGACAAGGCUGCUUUUAAACUACGAGGAAGUAAAGCCAUUCUUAACUUCCCACUCGAAGCAGGCAAGCACAAGGACUUAGGAGACAACAACAAGACUGUGUCUUUAAAAGCAAAGAGGAAGAGACAAGUAACAGAGGAUGAAAGCCACCUGAGCAACCAUAAAGCUGCGAAGAGGGAAGAAGCUCAGGCUCAGGCUGAUGCUUGUCCAUUAACGCCGUCUAGUUGGAUGGGAUUUUGGGACGGAGCAGACAGUAAAGAGAUGGGAAUAUUCUCCGUGCCUCUGUUAUCUCCUUAUCCAUCUCUAGUAUACUCUCCACUUGUGGUUAAGUAAGCUUCUGAGAGGAUCAAAUCAGGAAAAUUCCAACAUUAGGUGCCAUUAGCAACUUUGGAUUGUCUUAAAGCCUCUAGAUUAGCUGAUUGUAAAAAAAAAUGCUUUGCUACAAGAUUCAUUCAUUCUUCUUAAAUGCAAUUAUUUCUACCUAU